AAGCGGUGGGUUUGUUCUUGUCUGUCGCGUCUAGCAGCUGACAUGCCGCGACUGCUCUCCACAGCGCUGUCAUUGCGUCGCGAUCCUCGGCUGCUCAAGAUCCCCCCAUACGUUUCUGCGCUUUGCAUCGCCAUCGGUGUCGUUUGGCUCCUUCUGCUGCCCCUGGACAACUAUUCGAGGCGGACAUACGUGUCGGAGAACGCUCUUCUGCCUGGACAGGUGCACACAUACUUUGGGGGCAGCGAACAACACAUCUUCCGAGCAUUCAGGCAUGAAGUAGACCUGCUAGCCAGUAAAAACAACUACGAGGUCAAUGACAAGCUGGAAACCAUCCUGACCGGCUUCGGAGUCAAAGUCGGCCGACAGAACUACACCUACCACUCGGCCGGGGAGACAUACAGCGGCGAGAAUGUAUAUGGCAUCUUGCAAGCUCCGCGGGGCGACGCUACCGAGGCAAUCGUCCUCGUGGCUGCAUGGAAGAGCAUAGACGAACAACUCAAUCGCAAUGGUGUUGCGCUCGUUCUCACCUUGGCUCGCUAUUUCAAACGCUGGUCAUUAUGGUCAAAGGAUAUCAUUCUUCUUCUACCUCCAGACAGUAAAACGGGCACGCAAGCCUGGGUGGACGCUUACCAUGACGCGCAUGAUUCCGAAUAUAUUGCGCCAUUGCCGCUCAAGUCUGGCGCGCUUCAGGGAGCCCUCGCCAUCGACUAUCCACAUGAGGAGCGAUAUCACGAGCUCCACAUCAUUUACGAUGGUACGAACGGCCAACUGCCCAAUCUUGACCUCAUCAACUCGAUUGUCAACAUUGCAGGCGGUCAAAUGGGCAUUGAGACUACUGUCCAGCAAAUGACUGGCCAUACUGACAGUUAUCACGACCGACUUCAAACGAUGCUUCGCGGGAUGCUCUAUCAAGGCCUUGGGUACCCGACAGGCCCCCACAGCAGCUUCAUCCCCUACCAUGUCGACGCCGUAACUCUGCAGCCCACUGGCCAAGGAUGGCACGACGAGAUGGCCAUGGGGAGGGUUGUGGAGGGAUCUUUCAGAAGUCUCAACAAUCUCUUAGAGCAUCUGCAUCAGAGCUUUUUCUUCUACCUUCUCAUGCAGAAGAACCGCUUUGUUAGCAUUGGCACGUAUCUUCCUAGCGCCAUGCUGCUUGCUGCCAAUUUCACCAUCAUGGCCAUCUUUCUGUGGGUGAAAAGCGGGCAGCCGAUUGAGACAGGAGCCUCGGAUGAGUCGAAGGAGCGGAAACUUCUCUCGCCGCUUGCCCUUGUUGCGACGUGCCACGCCAUCUCUGCGAUUCCAUUGUUCGUCUUCAACCACCUUGACAUUAAGACCCUGCCGCUGGCAUUUGGGAUCUUCUCUACGUUGUCAACUGCCCUUCCAGCCGUCUUCUCCUUGGCCGUUGCCUCCCUCCACAAGCCCACCCUGCAGUACUUUCAGCUUACAAAAUCCUUCUCGCUGCUGAUUCUUGGCGUAUCCCUUGCCACGCUCAGCACACUCAACUUCUCACUCGCCUUUCUCGUCGGUCUCUUGGCUAGCCCUCUCACGUUCCUCCAACCAACCAACACCCAGGCUACCAGAUGGGUUUUCGUAGCACUGUUGAUCUUGACUUCACCGCCUGCUGUGAUUUCAACUGCAGCAUAUGCCAGCGGCCUCACCAUGUCGGAUGUGCUGAAAGCUGCUAGCUUCGGUUGGAACGUGUGGGGAAUGUAUACGCCAGUCGUCAUAUGGUGUGUGUGGUGGCCCGCCUGGCUCAUUGGCGCGACAAACACUCUGAUUCCUGCUUUUCAGAUGUGACGAAACCUUCCGUCUUUUUGGGCCGUGGAGCUGACAUUCGGCCUUUUCCUUGGAGAAUAAACCGCAUGCGAUGACGGGUGCUGAAAAUUGCCCGGUCAGUGGAUCGCGACGAGGACAAAGCGUAAUCACUAGAUACAUAGACGCAGAUGACUGCAUGCUGCUCAAGAGCUCAAUGG